AUGGCGAAGGGUGUGAAGAUCGUCUCGGUGCAGCCCUCCGCCGAGGGCUUCCCAAAAAAAUGGAUCAGACGUGAGGGCAGGCGAAUGACGAUACGAGGUGCAGCAGAAUGGUACAUACCACCGAAAGCAGAUGGAACACGCAGAAUGCUUUUCCUUCAUGGUGGCAGCUAUGUCGUUUAUGCUCCGCAGGAUGCGGUGUAUCGCUCGCUGGCAUCCCGAUUAGCCUCUCGCUGUGGCUUGUGCGUGCUCUCCAUUGACUACCGACUCGCGCCAGAGCACCUCUUUCCCGCGGCUUUUGAGGACGCAUCCGUUGCAUUGAAGUGGAUACAGCAGCAUGGACCACCUGAAGACGGAGGUGGCAAAAGUGCGAAGAAGCUUGCCAAGGAUGUUUUUGUUUGUGGAGACAGUGCUGGAGGAGGUUUGGCAUUGGCAGCUUGCCUCUCUCAGUCUGCCGCCGUUCGCAGAAGCAUUCGAGGAGUCAUGGGGCUGUCUGCCUGGGCUGACUUGACUGCAUCAACACCCAGCUACGAUUCUCGCCAAUGGUGCUCCGCCACGCUUUCAGGUGAUGCCGUCAAUGCUGGUGUUGAUCGUAUCAGUGGGAGGGAGGAAGCGGAGGGAUACUUGGGACGCGGCGGUGUGGAGCUUCACGGUCGCGACUGGCGUGCUAGCCCGUUCUUUGCCUCGCCUCAGCGCCUGCGCUCCUUACCAUCGGUCUUGCUGCAGGUUGGAGAUUUCGAGCUGAUUUUGGACGAAUCCGUCCUUCUUCAGCAGCGCCUACGAAAGCUCGGUCAUCCAGAUGCAGAGGUCGCAGUUUACCCCCGAAUGUGGCACUGCUGGCAUCAGUACGAGGAGGGGAGUGGCCUGGAACAGCCGUUGCUCCAAGCUCGCAAAGCCCUCCGGGACCUCGCAAGCUGGGUUCGUGCUCGCAAAUCUUGA